ACUAACUCUUCAACCUUCGCUGUUGUCUAGGAGGUGAGGGUCUAGAGCAUUGUCCUGUCAGAGGCAAGACUACUUUGUACCGUACCAGCUGGACACUGGUACUCCAUAUAGAAAUAUGGAUGGAGGUACCUCAAUUCCGAAGCGGGCACGUUUGUUCUCUCCCGCAAUGACCGGAAUAAUGGCGAGUUGCAAGGGUUAGCCCAAUACCAGUAGGAUUUAAUUGGUGAUUGAUGGCUCCAUUCCACCCUUUGACUCAUCGCUCCCCCGUAUACCGAGGAGGCGGAGGUCGUCGAUUCACGAUUACUAUCGGGGACCAGCAAUUGCCCAAUCACUCCACCCAAUCGACUCUAGAUCGAGACCAUGGGUGAUGUCGUGGCAUGUUCGCAACUCAACAAUUGAUCAACCAUUGAUAUGAUUCCCAUCCCAUUGCAGGAGCUGAGGCGAUGUGGCGCGGUUUGUUGCGAAUUUCAUGACUGGGGAUCAGAUGCGGAUAGGAUCCACGAAAUAUUGCAGCGAAAGGCGGCCAACAACUGGGCUCAAUUGACCGAGACAGCCUUGGGACACUGCAGGAUGGACAUGCUAAACAAAGAGGGAAUCCUGAAUUCAACCCGAUUUGCUUGGUCGCCUCAUGGGUCGCCAGGAUGCAUAUCGGGUUGUUUUCAGAACAAUGCUGCCUGGCGAUAUGCCUCCGACGGUGACACGUGGAUUCCUCCGCCUCCCUUUCACGGGUUUCAUCAUUCUGAAAAGCCCCGUCUACAUUCAUACAUAGUGGUUCUAAUUGACACCUGGGUUGCUCAUUUGCCUCAGGUUUGGGACCGUUCGAAUCAAUUGAAAGCAAGUGAUGGGGGAGCAAGGGGCCAUGAUUGACGUGUACAAGUUGCAAGGAGGGCGAAUAUUUCUC